AAUCAAGUCCCCCAGAACUUGUUGACUCAAGUUUUCUGUUAGUUCGAUCUAUUUACUUUCGAGUCUUUAUUUUUUAGGCUGAGGUACCUAGGAGAAGCUAGUCCCUUCGUGGUCAAACUUGAUUCUUGAUAGGAAAAAAUCAUGGAGGAAGCGUGGAAUGGAUAACAUUAGUAUAUAUGGAUGUUAAUGGACGUGGCAACCACUUUCAAGUUCCCUUUUGCAGCAACUAGCAGCUGCCAAUCUGCAUAUAUAGAGACCUUAAGGUGGAAGUUGGCGUUGCUGGUGUUCGUCAAAUUAAGUUAUUAUGGGUUGGCAGAGAUGGAAUCAGAAGGCCAAUGAUCUACUGGGCUCUGCUUCUCCCAUGCAGGUCUUCCACCUCUUCACGCUCACAAUCCUCAGUCUUCUUCUGCCGACCUCGUUUCUUCUCCUUGCCAGGCUCUCUGCUUCUCAAUAUUAUCUCCAAAGCACCGCAUCGUUUCCUUCCCCUUGCCCAUCUCUUCAUCUUUACUCGCUGCUUCUUCACAUCAACCCAAACGUUCUCUACCUUCUCGUGUCUAUUGUUAGCGUAGCCACUCUAAUCCACGGCCUGACCUGCAAAUUCAGCUUUUUUGCCCAAUCAUCAACCUCUCUUCUCAAACUUCCUCUUCAUGCUUCGUGGAUUCUUCUCUGUUCUUUUCAGGUUUGCGUUGGCUUAGGCAUCAAAGGGAACAUAGCGACGGAUGUUUAUGAUUCCGAUCCCAGUUUUGGCCUCCGAAGAAGUUUCUUCAGCAAAUUAAUUUUUCUCUUGGGGCUGCACGAGACAACUCAGGUUUGGUCCAGGACGGUGGUUAAGCCGGUGGUGGAUGAUUCGAUGCUUGGAAAUUCCAGAAAGGAAAGAUGGGUUGAAAGGGUGGCCGUCGCCGCCAGCUUAGGUGGCUUGUGGUGGUGGAGGUUGAGGGAGGAGGUGGAGACUUUGAUGGUUAUGGCGGAGGCCAAGACCGAGCAAUUAAUGGAUAUGGAAAUGAGAGAUUUUGUUGGGUGGUGGUUGUACUACCUGACGGUGACCAUUGGGAUGGUCAGGAUUCUCAAGGGUCUGUUGUGGAUCGCCAUGAUUUGUGUGUGUAGGAGAAGGGUAACAGAGAGUUCCUUGGCUGGGCCCAACGAGAACGACGACAAGAGGCAUCCAGGGCGGUUGUGGUUCCGCACAAGAGGAAGUAUUUGAGUUCCCAGGGAAACACGGUUUCUUUCAGGCACAGAU